CUUCCAGCCCCGCCCCCUCGCUCCCUCCCUCUCUCCCCCCCUUGGAGAAACAGCUGAUUCCUGGCCAGAGUUCGGAGAGGUCCGGCGGUGCUUGCAGGUGGCACGAUGGAGACUUUUGUGCACUUCACCAACCAGACGCAGGGUCGGGAGCGGCUCUUUCGAGCCACUCAGUACUCAUGCAUGCUGCUUAGCUAUAUUUUAGAGCGUAAGACUCACCGGGAGAAAGUGGUUAUGAAGCUCAGACUUCUGGAAUCGAGCAUGAGCUCAGGACGCAAGAUGUUUCGGCUUGGCAAUAUCGUGCAUGCCAUGGUGGCAGCCCAUCAAGCUUCCCAGUUGCCCCAGGCCAUUCCCCGCUUCUGCCUGACCGCCUCCAACGUCAACCGGGUUAUGUACUUCGCCUGUGACACCGUCUUGUGGGUGAAGAGCGUUGGGCUCCUCUCGGAGGUCAACCAGAAGAAGUGGCGCACCUGGGCGACCAAAUGCUACUACUAUUCCCUGGUGAUUAACCUGGUCAAGGACUUUUAUGAGCUCUGCUGGCGCAUGAAGCAGACAGCGUGUAACCGGAAGCCCGAAAAGACCUUGACUCCUGGCAGGCAGAAAUUCCAAUUCCUGGCCAACGGUGAGCUACAGACUUUUCUCCUGCUUGUAUUCCUCACGUUAAAGAACUAUCCACCCCUCUUACUGGACACGGUGAAGAACCUUUGCGAUAUCUUCAGUCCGUUGGACCGUCUGGGCAUCUACAAGACCAACCCUGGAGUUAUAGGGCUGUGUGGUCUUAUCUCUUCCAUGGUGGGAAUCCUUACUGUGAUAAGGCCGCACUUACGGUUGAAACAUUGAUUUUCUCUCAAGGGCUUCCCUUUUGCACAGUGGCGUUUCACACCUCGUGCAUUUUGCCUUCCCCUCUUUGAUGAUGGGAGUUUUGUCCUUGUUGAAUUCUUUCUUCUUCCCUUGUGCUGUCACAUUGGGCAGCCCAAAUAACCUGAGUUAAAUUUGGAGAGAGGGAUAAAGGGCCCCCUUGACCAGUAUUGGGAUUCAAAUAAUUUAACAACCGGGUUCUCUGCCCUAAUGAUUUCUUUCAACAACCAGUUCACCAAACUGCUCAGAAAGUUAACAGCCGGUUCUUCCGAAGUGGUGCAAACCGGCUGAAUCCCACCACUGCCCUUGACCGAAGAUCUUUCUCCAGCUACGCAACAGAAGGAGCAAGACAGUCACUACUCAAGAUGAGACGGUAUCAAAAGUCCUUGGUGAGGAGCCGGUCAAUCUUUUUAUCCUGGGAUAGAGAGAACAGCAGAUUCGAAGUUAAUUUAAAUUAGAAUUGCCUUUUUUUUUUUAAGUUUAUGUAAUUCCUUUCCUCCCCAUCUCAGCAUUGGUUGAUAUCAGGAUUUCUUGCUGUUAUCUGGGAUGAAUUCCGGAGCUUAACAAACCCUCUUUAACCAGAAACAUUUAGUUUACAUGUUCACAGGCAGCCGAGUUGCUGCCUCUAGCUAACGUUUAGCUAUUUUUGUUUCUGGUCAGACUGUGAAGUUUUUUUUUUAUGAUUUUUUGCUUUUAUGCCACGCUCAUUCUUUUGCCUGUGAAAUCAAGAUGGGCAUGUGUUCAUCAAAAACACAUUUGAUCUCCCAGAAGAACGGUAUAUAGCAGUGAUGGCGAACCUUUUUAGCACCAAGUACCGAAAAGGGAACGUGUGAGCGUGUCUGGGUCGCAACCCAGAAAAGGAGCUGCCCAGGGCACAUGCGCGUGCCCGAAAAUGAACUUCCGGUUUCAGCUACUGAACUUCCGGUUUCAGCUACUGAACUUCCGGUUUCAGCUACUGAACUUCCGGUUUCAGCUACUGAACUUCCGGUUUCAGCCAGCUGCUCUUCCGGUUUCAGCUACUGAACUUCCGGUUUCAGCCAGCUGCUCUUCCGGGUUUCUGGCGUGCAUGCUCACCUAGGAAAACGGAAGACCAGCUAGAAGAUCUUCUAGUUUCCAGCAUUGCCGCAUACAAAAAGGCCAGCUGAUUGUCGCGCGCGCAUGCGUGCCAGUAACCUGCAGGGGAUGCAGAGCCAGGCGACGUGACUCCGCGUGCCGCUUCGAGCAUUGCUUUCAGGUGCUCAGUGUGCAGCGGAGGUGAGGGAGAAGUGUUUUUGUGUAUUUGUGUGUGUUUGUACUUAAUCUAUGCAUUGCUAGAAAGGAGACCGUUCACCGUGGUUGGCGGAUGGGACUAAGAAACAGUAUUGUGCCUUUUUUCUUCAGCAUUCCGAUUCGGGAAUAAGUGCCAUUGUAUUGCCAUUGUAAAUAAAAGAAUAUCUAAGCCUUUCACGUUGCAAACGAGUCCGCUGUUAGCUUUAUAGCGCAUAGUAAGAUGUAUACUAAGUCCUC